AUGACUUGGACUUUCAAGAUCCUCUUCCCACCGACCCUCCGUGUGCUCAGCCGAAAAGAAGUCCGCCUGUUCCGAGAACAUCUCCGGCCAGACGCCAAACCCUUCAGCCAGCGGUCCGAAGCCGAUUGGCUUCAUGGGCACUGCCUCCUCCAGGAGAGAAAGCCCGUUCUGCCCUUUCAGAAAGGCAGUCUGAGACCACGUGCCACCUGCCUUGCCUUCUCGCCAGGGUCGCAUGUGGGGCUCUGCAGCGGGCCCUGUGAGAUGGCCGAGCAACGGUUCUGUGUGGACUAUGCCAAGCGCAGCACAGCUGGCUGCAAAAAAUGCAAGGAGAAGAUUGUGAAGGGCGUGUGCCGCAUCGGCAAGGUGGUGCCCAAUCCCUUCUCGGAGUCGGGGGGUGACAUGAAAGAGUGGUACCACAUCAAAUGCAUGUUUGAGAAACUGGAGCGGGCCCGGGCCACCACAAAGAAAAUUGAGGACCUCACAGAGCUGGAAGGCUGGGAGGAGCUGGAAGAUGCUGAGAAGGAGCAGAUCAGCCAGCACAUUGCAGACCUGUCUUCCAAGGCAGCGAGCGCGCCAAAGAAGAAAGCCGUUGUCCAGGCUAAGCUGACAACCACGGGCCAGGUGACAUCUCCAGUGAAAGGGGCUUCCCUUGUCACCAAUACCAAUCCCCGGAAGUUUUCUGGCUUUGCAGCCAAGCCCAACAACUCUGGGGAAGCCUGCUCAAGCCCCACCCCCAAGACAAGUCUGUCCUCAAGCAAAUGUGACCCCAAACACAAGGACUGUCUGCUGCGUGAGUUUCGGAAGUUGUGCGCCAUGGUGGCUGACAAUCCUAGCUACAAUUCAAAGACCCAGAUCAUCCAGGACUUUCUUCGGAAAGGCUCAGCUGGAGAUGGUUUCCACGGUGAUGUAUACCUAACGGUGAAGCUGCUGCUGCCCGGUGUUAUUAAGAGCGUUUACAACUUGAAUGAUAAGCAGAUUGUGAAGCUUUUCAGCCGCAUUUUUAACUGCAGCCCCGAUGACAUGGCCCGAGACCUGGAGCAGGGUGACGUGUCAGAGACAAUCAGAGUCUUCUUUGAGCAGAGCAAGUCUUUCCCCCCAGCCGCCAAGAGCCUCCUCACCAUCCAGGAGGUGGACGAGUUCCUCCUGCGGCUCUCCAAGCUCACCAAGGAGGAUGAGCAGCAGCAGGCCCUGCAGGACAUCGCCUCCAGGUGUACAGCCAAUGACCUUAAGUGCAUCAUCAGGCUGAUCAAACACGAUCUGAAGAUGAACUCGGGUGCAAAACACGUGUUAGACGCCCUCGACCCCAACGCCUACGAAGCCUUCAAAGCCUCGCGCAACCUGCAGGACGUGGUGGAACGUGUUCUCCGUAAUGAGCAGGAGGUGGAGAAGGAGCCAGGCCGGAGGCGAGCUCUGAGCGUUCAGGCCUCGCUGAUGACCCCGGUGCAGCCCAUGCUCGCCGAGGCCUGCAAGUCCAUUGAGUACGCGAUGAAGAAGUGUCCUAACGGCAUGUACUCUGAGAUCAAGUAUGACGGGGAGCGAGUCCAGGUGCAUAAGGACGGAGACCACUUCAGCUACUUCAGCCGCAGCCUCAAGCCCGUCCUACCUCACAAGGUGGCCCACUUUAAGGACUACAUCCCCCAGGCUUUCCCUGGGGGCCACAGCAUGAUCUUGGACUCUGAGGUGCUCCUCAUCGACAACAAGACAGGCAAACCAUUGCCCUUUGGGACGCUGGGCGUGCACAAGAAAGCUGCCUUCCUGGAUGCUAAUGUCUGCCUGUUUGUUUUUGAUUGUAUCUACUUCAAUGAUGUCAGCUUGAUGGACAGGCCUCUGUGUGAGCGGCGGAAGUUUCUUCAUGAUAACAUGGUUGAAAUUCCCAACCGGAUCAUGUUCUCAGAAAUGAAGCAAGUUACGAAAGCAUCCGACCUGGUCGACAUGAUAAACCGGGUGAUCCGAGAGGGCCUGGAAGGGCUGGUGCUAAAGGACGCAAAGGGUACAUAUGAGCCUGGAAAGCGGCAUUGGCUGAAAGUGAAGAAAGACUAUUUGAAUGAGGGGGCCAUGGCUGACACCGCUGACCUGGUGGUCCUUGGGGCCUUCUAUGGGCAAGGGAGCAAAGGUGGCAUGAUGUCCAUCUUCCUCAUGGGCUGCUACGACCCAAGCAGCCAGAAGUGGUGCACAGUCACCAAGUGUUCGGGAGGCCAUGACGACGCGACGCUCGCCCGCCUGCAGAAGGAGCUGGACAUGGUGAAGAUCAGCAAGGACCCCAGCAAGAUACCCAGCUGGCUGAAAAUCAACAAGAUCUACUAUCCCGACUUCAUUGUCCCAGACCCGAAGAAAGCCGCCGUGUGGGAGAUCACAGGGGCUGAAUUCUCCAAAUCCGAGGCUCACACUGCCGACGGCAUCUCCAUCCGGUUCCCUCGCUGCACCCGGAUCCGGGAUGAUAAGGACUGGAAAUCUGCCACCAACCUCCCCCAGCUCAAGGAACUGUACCAGCUGUCCAAGGAGAGGGCGGACUUCACCGUGGCCGCUGGAGACGAAGGGAACUCCACGUCCGGAGGCAGCAACGGAGAGAGUGAGGGCACGUCGGGGCCUCCUGUGCCUAAGAAGGCCAGACCCUCUCCCAGUCAGGCCUCCCCCAGUGCCAAGAAGGCCGGAGGGAAGCUGCACCACCCCAACAGCAAAAAUGGUGCAGGUGCUGCUGGACAUCUUCACUGGGGUGCGGCUCUACCUGCCACCCUCCACGCCAGACUUCAGCCGGCUCAGGCGCUACUUUGUGGCAUUCGAUGGGGACCUGGUACAGGAAUUUGA